GAAGGCACCCUCAUUAUUCGGGAAAACUUAAGAACUAAUUUAAUGUAGAGUCAGCCUUCGGCUGAAUAAGAGGCUAGGACGCUUCAACCCUCAGUCCUUAACCAACAUCACAAAGGGUUAACGUGUUCUAGUCAGACCACGUACCACGAAGCCCAGCUAUCUCUCUUCAGGAAAAUUUCCUCAGUCAUUACUUCAAUUCUACAUUCAUUUCUUCUCUACAAGAGCAACAAGAGCCAAUUAACCUCUUCAAAAUGAAGUUCCUCCUCCUCUCGCUUCCUCUUCUCCUCACCACAGCACUUAGUGCCUACGACCAAUCAGGCGGUGGUCAUGCCCUUGCCCGCGACGCCCGCAGUGAGAGCAAAUACCCCAUGAUUCGAAGCGACGUCGCUGGCGGAGGUGGUGGAAUGAGUGGCGUUUUCAGACUUGUGAGGAGGAAGCAUGGUGGAGGGAGUAAAAAGGGUGAAGGCAAGAAACCCGAGAAACCUGAGAAGACCAAGAAAUCCGAGAAACCUGAGAAGACGAAAACCGAGACCAAGACGCCAGAGAAAACGAAGACUAAGACUAGGGGGCCUGAGAAGACGAAGACCGAGACUAGGAAGACUGGAAAAACAGACCAAGAAACCCGAGAAAACCAAAAAGGUUGAGAAGGGUGAGGGGAGUAAGAAGGGUAAAAAGGGUCACAGGAUUUAGUGGUCAUGGUGGGAAAGUCGAGAAAACCGUGUUGUCCAGGCUGCUGAUUGUAUACCAAUGAUAAUACGAAUGUUCCCACGACAAAUAUUGCCUUUGUAUUGCGCGUCUUGUCGUCGCGAGGGUCAGUCUCGCGCAGGUCCUCCAAAAUGGAGUGCUUUUG